UGAACGAGCACAACGAGUUGUUGAAAAUAUUCAAAUCACAUAUGCACCAAUUACAAAGCGAUAAUCACGCUAUCGUCAUUAAUCCUGAUAAAACACCAGCUGGAGAGCAUAUUCGUAGAUUCAAUGCACCCGUUGUUGAUGAUGUUGCUGGAAUCAUGGUUGGCGAUUGUACAGCUGCACGAGAAAUUGUGAUUCGUAGAAGAAAUAAUAAUCUUCAGUUCAUUGCUGACACACAUCGUUCAUAUGACGCUCUCCAAUAUCCGCUAAUAUUCUGGAAGGGACAAGACGGAUAUUGCAUAAACAUAAAACAACGAGAUCCCGUAUCAGGAGCUGAAACAAACAAGAACGUUAGCUCAAAGGAUUAUUACGCGUACCGAUUAAUGAUUAGACGUGGCCUGGACAACGUCAUUUUACGAUGUCGUGAGCUUUGUCAACAAUUCAUGGUCGACAUGUACGCGAAGAUUGAGAGCGAAUGACUACGAUACUUACGAUAUAAUCAACAAAAGCUGCGCGCGGAAGAGUACAUUCAUUUGCGAGACGCUAUCAACAACAACGCCGACGUCGCCGAAAUUGGUAACCAUGUCAUUUUACCAUCAUCGUACGUAGGCAGUCCACGUCAUAUGCAAGAAUAUAUACAGGAUGCUCUGACUUUCGUGCGCGAAUAUGGACGACCAUGUUUAUUUAUCACGUUCACAUGUAAUCCAAAAUGGCCAGAGAUUACAUCUUUGCUACUGCCUGGCCAAAAUGCAAUACAUCGCCAUGACAUUACAGCACGUGUGUUCAGACAAAAGUUGAAGUCUUUAAUAAGUUUCAUUACUAAAUCACAUGUAUUUGGUCCCACACGUUGCUGGAUGUAUUCGGUUGAGUGGCAAAAGCGAGUAUUACCUCAUGCACACAUUUUGGUUUGGUUCAUCGACAAAAUCCGUCCUGAAGAAAUCGAUAGU